AUGUCGGACCGUUGGUCUUGGAACUCCGAUUGGCAGCGGGGUUGGAAUGGUGAAAAUGAUUGGCAGUACUCCCACUACAACCAGCAGUACAACCAGCAGUGGAGUAGUUCUAGUGGUGAAUCGUGGCAGCAGAGUUCAGCUGAUCUCCGUGCUGAACUCCCAUUCGCAAAUGAAGGUCGCAACACUGCCCCUCGCACACCGCCAUCCCAACCGAACUCGAAAGCCUAUGAAAGCCGUGCCAGACAGUGGGACUUGGCGUCAUCGCCUACGGGGGGGAAGUCUGGCGUUAUGUCCGAUCUCCCAAAGGAUUUUCAACCUGAUGAGUUUCAUUACGACAAGAAUGAGAAGUUCAAGCGCAAGUUCCCGAAGACGAUUGCACACACACCGUGGUCUAGCCGUAACAAUCUAGCAGGGAGGGACCCCUUUCAAAUUCCCGUUUCAGAGCUUUGCUACAUGGGGAAAUCCAACGCGUCUCUACGCUGGCUUGCGUGUGGUGAAUUCAUGACACUAGUGAUGGCCCGCUCCAUGAAUGAAGCCGUCCUCAUGGAGAAGUUUCUCAAACUGAACAGGACAGCAGGGUUAGAUCUCAUGCAGGUUGGCAGCCAGAUUUUUCAAGAGUUGCAUCCUGAUCGUACACCUGACCUCGACACCAACGCAGGCAAAGCAGACAUCAUGCAAGCCAUUGCGACGAAACUACAUCAAACCCUUGUGCCCUAUGUCAAGAAUGACCUUCAAAUUGCACAGCAGAAGGUUAAAAGCUUACAGAACGAGCUUCAGCGAGUCAAGCAAGGACAGGCAAGCCCCGCGUCAGCGUCUCAACCCAAGCGUCGUCGUUUGGUUGGGAAAGCUCCGAACGAUCAGUCUUUGGCCCCCUUCGAUGUUGACAUGGUUCCCAACAAGCAGCCCCUCAAGCAGACGAGCCCCAAAACUGUUACGCCGACAGCCGUCAAGAAGUGGAUUGAAGGCCUCGAACUCUCUGUAGACAAGAAGAAGUCCUUGGAACAGCAAUGCAACAAGAUUACAGACUUGCAUUCUACCCUCAGCGACGCGCAGAAAAACAACCUUGCCAACAGGGCGGUGGAGCUGGGACUUCCGGUUGACUUGGCAUCGAAAGCUAAGCAACCCGAGCUCAUGAAGAUCAUCCUUGCGGCAAGCAGUUUGGAAAUUUGA